AUGGGCACAGUUUACCCUCCCUUCCAACAACAACAACUCCAUCCUCCCAGUAAUGGCAGCCAGCCGUACGACCCAAACAUGCAACUCAUGGCUCAGGAUCCAUCGAGCAUGAAUUCACACGGCAUGCUUCCUCAGGGUCCUUGGGAGCAAUGGUGGUCUGCUGAGAAUGCCGCCUUUGCCGAAACACCAAACAUGGCCGCCCCAUAUGCCUACGCGCAAGAACACCAUCAACAAUACGCCCAGUACGCCUACGAUCAAGACUCCUCAGCGCAGUGGGCAUCCCCUUCAACCUCGAUGCACAGCCAUCUCAUCCCAUCUCCUUCCACAGAGUCAACCAGCGUAGAAAAUGUGACCGGUGACUCCGAAAGCCGUCGACGUUCUUCACCAAUUCAGCCCGACAAACAAAAACGUAAUGCGAGCCGAUCUACAGCGCCGAAAGCUCCAAGACGCGCGCCAGCUCGGAAGACCACCAAAUCAGAAACAGCACCAGAAAAGCCCAAAGGACGCCGCAAAGGAAAAGCAGUAGCCAAGGUCCAAUCUGCAAAGACGAGAUCGCCAUCUCCCGAAUCAGAAGAACUCGACGACGAACACAGCAAAAAGGUUCAGGAGAGAAACCGCAUCGCCUCCAACAAAUUCCGCGUCAAGAAGCGUGAAGACGCCAAGAAACUCCGAGCUGACGAACAAGACAUGGAACGAGUAAACCGCGACUUGUCAAGCUGCGUGUCCGAACUCACGAUGCAGGUCUACGAACUCAAGAUGAGGCUCUUACAACACACCGACUGCGAAUGUCACUUGAUUCAAGGCUACAUCGCGAACGAAGCACAGCGGUAUAUCCAAGACCUUAGCGAAGGGAAACAAAACCACGCAACCCCGCCGCUUUGCCCAUACAACCAACACAAUUGA